AUAAUCAAUAGUAUCAACUUAAAGGCAAAGCGAAAAUAUUUAAAGAAAUCGCUUACACUCAUCCAAAUCUAUGAAAAAGCAAUAAUAUAUUUUUAUCAAUAUUACAAUCAGUUUUAUGACAAAAAACAAAAGUGAUUGAUUCGUAUGUAAAUAAAAUCACACCAAAUAUUUUCGUAAAAACUAAACGCCAACCCAGUCGAAUGACGUGUUUUACUCUGAUCCCAGGCAAAUGAAAAAAUAAAUGCCUGCCCCACAGACCCACAAAAGUCGUAUGUAAAAAUUCGAUCCGCUUACAUUUGAUGGCCCCGUGACGAAUGUAAAACAGCCAUGAAAAUGCUGAGCCCAAAACACGGCCCAUAAACGGAAAAUGGAGAGCGGGCCAUUAAAAGGUUUGGCCCUCGUGCUGGAAGUCAGGCCUAAAGUCCGUUCGGUUUAUGGCCAAUUAGAGAGCGCCUCAUUUGCAUCGGUCUUGGCAUGGCCAAAUGCGAAUGUCUCCUCGCUGCGGGCCUGGUUCCAUUGAUGCUGACCGGCUGCCUGGUGGCCACUUGGACUUGGAGGUGUUUGUACAAAGAAUUCCCAGUGGACGUUGAAAAGAUCAAGGGCGGCUGGUAUGUUUAUGCGACUAGUCCUGGGAAAAUUAAGGUCUGCUACUUUGAAGAGCUGGAUCUGUAUUGGACAAGGAUCACACAAACAGACUUUACAAAUUAUGCCGUGGAACUGCACUGUUCCUUGCCUUGGAUGCGUCAUCAGAUGGCGAUUUAUACCCGGAAAGCAAUCCCGAGUGAAAAGACUCUCAAUGAUAUAGCCUCGUACCUCAAGACAGUGGAUCUGACAAUCAAAAACUUUAGCCUAAUCCGGCAGAAAAAGGACUGUCGGUCGAAGAAGCCUCCGAUCAUGCAACGCUGGCAUUUGUCCCGAUAUCUGUACAUGGAUUAUAAUCCGGUUUAUGUCAAGCCCUUGGUGGAGAACGCGAACAUCUGAGCCAGCUAUUGUGCGGCAUCUCUCCUCUCCAACGGGCCACUUUCUUUACCCCGAAAUUUACAUAUGCCAAAUUUGGUACAAAUAUGCGAAUGUCAUACCAUCGACUGUCGCAUAACACAGACCGAGCGAUCAAGAAAUCCGAAGUGGCGAUACCCUUCGCAAUAAAAAGUUUGGAGUUUCUCGCACAGAAA